AUGCCUUUGACUGGUCACUGUCUGUGUGGUGCUGUCACCUACUCCGCCGAGGUUGACAAGCCCCUCAUCACGGCCUACGACCACUGCGAUGACUGCCAGCGCCAGAGCGGUUCAACCUACUCCCUUGUUACUGUCGUCCCCAAGGAUUCCUUGACCAUCAAGGGACCUACCAAGAGCUACGCAAAGAACGGCUCCUCCGGCCAGCCCGUCCACCGCAUCUUCUGCUCUGAGUGCGGUUCUCCCAUUGCCCACGACCCCGAGGCUGCUCCCCCAAUUAUUGCUCUCAAGGCUGGUACCUUGGACACCGAAAUCAAGAAGAAUCUGAAACCUGACACGGAGAUCUGGACCGUCAGCAAGCUCCCCUUCUGCGCGGAGCACCUGGCCAAUCCUUUCGAGCACAUGCCCCAGUAA